UAACAGAGGCGUAGUCUGUGUAGGAACAGAGGAAAUUGUUUUGAGGCAAGGUUAAAGGGGGAAAACAGAAUACUGAAGUGGUGAGGAGGUUUGAAGUGUUGUAAAUGUGUACACGAUGUUGCGGUCGUGCUGCCCGGCGCGCUUUAAAACUGUGCGGAGCCUCCGGUGUGGGCACAACUGGUGUCCUCUUGUAUUCACAGCUGCAACCAGUUGGUUUUGAGCAUCAGGUGAGCGUUUCAGACAAUAUUUCUACUUCUUCUUCUUUUUCUAUUUAUGGGCUAUACUUAUUUGCCGAGGAGCAGAGAGAGUGGACGCACCUAAACCUAAAAGUAUGACCAAAGCAUCCGCGCCCUGACGCGCUCCGGUGAGCGCAUGUUGGACCGGUGAGAGUGUGGACUAGUAUGAAGCGCCAUGGCUUGGUGUGACCGUGGAGUUCAAACGCUGCUGGCCACCGUAGGGGCUUUUGCUGCCUUCAGCCUAAUGACCAUUGCCAUCGGCACGGACUACUGGCUCUAUUCGCGGGCGUACAUCUGCAACAGCACCAAUGCGAGCACAGACGAGGCUCAGUCGCAGCCCAAAACUAAGAAGGGCGAUCUCACCCACUCCGGGCUGUGGAGAAUCUGCUGUAUUGAAGGCAUCAAUCAAGGCAGCUGUUUCAGAAUCAACCAUUUUCCUGACGACAAUGACUACGACACAGACAGCUCUGAAUACCUGCUGCGUAUAGUCCGUGCCUCCAGCGUGUUCCCCAUCCUCAGCACCAUUCUGUUGAUGCUCGGUGGGCUGUGUGUUGGGGUGGGCCGAGUUCAAAACAAGACAAACAACGUCCUCCUCAGCGCAGGCAUUCUCUUUGUAGCUGCAGGUCUGAGCAACAUAAUUGGCAUAAUCGUCUACAUCUCAAGCAAUGCAGGAGACCCCAGUGAUAAACGCGACGAUGACAAGAAGUACACUUACUCCUACGGCUGGUCGUUCUACUUUGGCGCCCUCUCCUUCAUCGUGGCCGAAACUGUGGCUGUCCUUGCCAUCAACAUCUACAUUGAGAAAAACAAGGAAGUUCGCUGGAAGGCGCGGCGCGACUUCAUCCGUUCACUCUCUUCCUCUUCCCCGUACUCGAGGAUACCGAGCUUCCGCUACCGCCGGCGGACAUCGCACGCCAGCUCUCAUUCGACGGAGGCGUCGCGGGAGAACUCGCCUAUGGUCGGUCUGAAGGGGAUGCCAUCUUCCAGUGGGCCCCUGGACGAGCUGUCCAUGUACGCCCUGGCGAGGGACAGUAUGACGGACAACACGUAUAGCCCCGAACACGAGGCGGCCGCUGAGUUCCUCCAGGUCCAUAACUGUUUCCCCAAUGAUUUAAAGGACGGGGUGAAUCGCAGGACCACGCCGGUGUGAGAAGCAUGUUGCUGAGUUCGAGGUUCACCUGAAAGUGGAUAAACAUCAGUGGGCUAAUCUGUUGGAGCCCGAGUGCUUGUGAUAGCCUGCCAUCUUAGAGGCGCAGUUUUCGCAGUGACUGUCUUUUUUGAAAAGAGAAGAGGACAGUCAGCUAGGUGGAAGAUGAGCCAAUUAUCAGAAACCAUUAAUCUGCUUUAUAUAGAUCUUCAAAGCAGAAUAGAGGUAGUCUAUGCUGUAGCUGACUCGAAAUUGGUUGGAAAUCUUUCAACCGUCGAAAUGCUUAAAUGAGCAGCGUGUUGAUAACAACCCUUGUUGUGUAAUAGUUACUAUACAUUGAGGGUUGACAUUUGCCAAUCAGCAGUUUGCUAGCUGUAAAUUAUUCAACAAGGUGCUAAAUGAAAUGUACUCCAAAGUGUUCUAUUUGUGUGUGCAGUUGCUAUAAAGUGUGGACCCUUAUCCAAAGUUUGUAUUGUGUCCUCCUAACCACUUUGGUCUUCCCUUGUACUCUAAUCACAUAUCUGAAAGAGACAACUGGGGCUCUUUUUCUCUUAGUACUGUCCUUUAGGAUAAUGUAUGGCCUUUUAAACAAACUCAAAUUCAAAACAUAUUUUCAUGAGAGUAUGGUUUGAGGAGCCAGUGUCUUCACAAAUGAUUGACUUGCUGAGUUGUAAUGUAUUGGAUGUUUAGUAGUUUUAGUAGAUUGUACAAGUCGAUCAUCCAGUCCUCAAAACAAUAUGAAAAGUUUUGUCUCCCUCGAACGUCUUAUCCUUUAUCCUAUUCUUCUCUGAGAUUUGUCAGUCAAAAAAAAAAGUCCGCUUUGUCAGUGGAGCACCUCUCUUCAAUGGCCCCUUUUCUUCCGUAUCAGUCAGCCAUCCUUCUAUCACACCCCCCUGAUGGAUGUGACAUUGUAUACGUGCCUGUAACAAGAUCGGAGCAGCUGACAAAAAGGGCGUGCCCAGAACUGUGAAAACAGCACAGGUCAGGACUUCCUUUCGCUCUGAAGGAAAACAUUCAGAGUGUUUAAUGGAUAAGGAUCGGCGCCAGGCGGAGAAUUCUUGUCUGUCUUUCACACCGCCUGUGAGUCCAUCUGCCCCCCACCCUCCCCCUCCCAUGUCGAACAAACAGAAGCAGAGGAAGCUGUCUGCGAAGGCGUCCCUGGAGGAUUUGGCUCUAAUAACCCGACGUGUGGUUGUGUGUGUACUGUCGUCCUGCACGUCCAUCACUGCUCUUUCUUUUAGUUCUCUCAGGAAAUACUGUGUUGUUGUGGCAGGGAUGAACACUUUUGAGGUCCUCUCCCUGCUUUGUGGCAGUGCUGGGAAACGGACCAGUGAUAAAGAUAAACCUGGUGAAAAUCAUUUGGGGAAAAAAUGCCAUUACUGUUCUUUGUAAAUGCUGUGAGUGUUUGCUUGAGCUUGCUUCAAGAACCAGCUGGGGUGGGGUUUUUCAGUCUUAGGGCUAUUCAGUUGGUUUUGGUUUGGCAAGCGAGCUCACUCAACCACAAAGUGUUUGAUAUCCCAUUAGAGAUACCACUGCCAAUCUUCGCUCAUGUAAAAGAAAGCCAUUACUAUGAUCCAUCCUGAGUGUAGAUAUUACACUUUUAUAUUACAGUUUGGGGAAAAAUUAAAAUGUGUUUGUUUGUAAUGUAAAACUGGGUAAAGCUGUAUAUAAAAGUACAAUAAAAAAACAAAACAUUGAAUGUGCAACAGAGGAUUCAAAGCAUUAUUUUACAGAACAAUGUCCCAAUAAUGAUGCCUUGAUAUAAUUAUAUUUAAGAUUUUAUAUUCAGGCUUUUUCUUUUAUCAGUAAAAUAAAAGUGAAUCUAUUGAAUAUUCUGUCUGGUAAUGUGACGUACUGUAAAUAUGCUAUUAUUUUCUAUGCCAUGUGUAUGCAGCAGCUGUACUUUACUGAAUGUGAAUAUUGAUUUAUGGGUUGCUAUUGGUGUGAAAUAAGCACAUUCUCAAUUAUUUCUUUCAUGAAAUUAACGAUUAACCAUUUCUAAUUGGACGAGUUGUAUACUAACAGUGAAAGAAACUUACUGGAAUAUCAUCGCUAUUGCAAAAGUAUUUCAUUAUUUUAUAUAGGAUGGAAGAGUGCCUUUGUUUUGUUUAUAAUAUACUGUAUUUCCUGCUUUUAUUGUUCCAAUCAAAUUUUUUUAUUUUAUUUUAUCUGAAUUAGAUUGUUUUUCUCAUUAUCGAUUUUUGUUACAACCCAAAACAUACUUACUGUACAUAGACAAAUAAACUAAAUCAGGGUUAUAUUGUUGUGCUUUAGUGGUGAUUUAUUUUUAACAAGAUAAGAGACUAUAGCCAUGCUAGUGGCUGUGUGAGGCAGAAUGAAGGCUUCUAACCAAUACAGUAUUCAAUAUGCAGCUAUGAACCUUAUACAAAAGCUGAAUAUCACAUUUAUUGUGGUUGCGGUUUGCAUAGUUCAGUACCACACGUCUCUACAGUAAGGUAUGGGGUGCUCUAUAUAACAAAAUAAAAACUACAUUUCCCUGUC